UCCCCUGCUGUCUGGAUGGAUGGUGUUCGUUGCUGCAACUAGAGAGCACAUGUCACAGAAAAAAACAACAGAAAUAGGCGCUUUGAAGACAGAAGGUGACAGGAGGCUGGAGCAGCGUUUAUUGUCUUUUUGCACCUCCUUCUGGAGACUGGAUUACAUAUAUGCCAUGCAGCUGCUUUCAUAAGAAUUAUUCAGCGUUCUGGAAAUGUUUUGAAGAAUUUCUCUUAUGGUGGACAUUAAAAUAAGAUUUUUUUUCAAGCUUGAAAGUCAAGGAUUGAUUCUGACACAGUAAGGACUUUUGGGGCAACAAUCACAACCCUGUGACAGAUGCACAGAAGACUUCCAUAAGAAAGCACUGGACCAUUUUUUUUUUUUUUACUUUUAGGAUAACUUCUUAUAUAGGUGUGAUAUGUGGGUUUACUUUUAAGACCGAUCCUUAGUAAGCUGUCAGACAAUUUGCAAACAGGUGUGAAGAGUGGUCAGUGUGUUUGAUGCACACAUGCAAAACUCCAGGAACAUCAGUGCUUGACAAUAAAUUGUCUACUGGCUUGACUUUAAUGUCGGAAUGUUAGAGUUAAAACAUACACAUUUUCUCAUGACGUAUGUUCACGUGACAUUAGUAUUUUUAUUUACGUCUAACUUCAACUCACACGCUUAGCAUUCAGAAGCCAUACUCACUCACAAUACUAGAAAGUUCAGUCAAAUCGUACUUAAUGUACUGAAAAUUUUCUUUUAAAAAUGACCUUACCGAAAUGCAAACUGAACCAACAUCGCAUCCCGGGAUGGACCUUCCCCUGUCAUUUACUUCUGAGCAUUCUGCUGCUGUUCACCCUAGUCAUUUUGGGGGGCUGUCAUCCUCAGUGUUUGGAUUACAAACCACCUUUUGAGCCCCAACAGGCACUGCUUUUCUGCAAGGAGUACGCCAAGUUCGGAUGCUGUGAUGAGGAAAAGGAUCAUCAGUUGUCCGUCAGGUUUUACACCAUCAUGGAGCACUUUGAUCAUUCCGGUUAUGCCACCUGUGGAAAGUUUAUACGCAACCUCCUCUGUCAGGAGUGUUCUCCAUAUGCUGCUCACCUGUAUGAUGCAGAGGAUGCAAACACACCCAUGCGCAUUUUGCCUGGACUAUGUGACAGCUAUUGCAAUGACUACUGGCACCAGUGUAGAUACACACUGAGUUUACUCCUGGAAGACCAGGGGAACCCAAGGGAGUAUGUAAAUCUGACCGCCACACUGGAGGAAGAUCACAGACGCUUCUGUGAAUUUUUGGAGCUGAAAGACAAACAGUACUGCUACCCUAAUGUUUUGACAAAUGCAGAACUGAAUGCUAACCUGGGUUUUGUUCGAGAGGAUGCCGAAGGCUGUCUUGAGAUCUGCUUGCAGGAAGUUGCAAACGGGCUCCGAAACCCGGUGGCUAUGAUCCAUGCAAAUGAUGGAACCCACCGUUUCUUUGUGGCAGAGCAGCUGGGCUAUGUGUGGGUCUAUCUGCCCAAUGGCUCCAGGAUUGAUCGCCCAUUCCUGAACCUCACACACGCUGUCCUGACAUCACCUUGGGCUGGAGACGAGAGAGGAUUCCUGUGCAUAGCCUUGCAUCCAAAGUUCACCACUGUCAGAAAAGCUUACGUUUACUAUUCGGUGUCUGUCAAGAAGGAGGAGCGGAUACGCAUCAGCGAGUUCACACUGUCAACACAUGAUGACAACCAGCUUGACCACUCCUCAGAAAGAACCAUCCUGGAGCUGGUUGAACCAGCAUCCAAUCAUAAUGGGGGGCAGCUUUUGUUUGGGCAUGACGGAUAUUUGUAUAUCUUCAUUGGAGAUGGUGGUCGAGCUGGGGACCCCUUUGGAAAAUUUGGCAAUUCACAGAACAAGUCAACCCUCCUUGGCAAGGCACUACGUAUUGAUAUUAACAAUAAUGAUGAUAGUGCCCCAUACAGAAUCCCUUCAGACAACCCAUUUCUGGGGGAGAAGGGGAGCCUUCCAGAAAUUUAUGCUUACGGUGUACGCAACAUGUGGCGCUGUUCCAUUGACCGUGGAGACCCGAAGACAGGUUUUGGUCGAGGCAGGAUGUUUUGUGGUGAUGUCGGGCAGAACAAAUAUGAAGAAAUAGACAUCAUUGUGAAAGGAGGCAAUUAUGGAUGGAGAGCAAAAGAAGGCUUCAGCUGCUAUGAUCGCAGACUUUGUCGCAACUCAUCGUUGGAUGACAUCUUGCCUAUCUUUGCCUACCCUCAUAAAAUGGGCAAAUCAGUGACAGGGGGAUACAUUUACAGAGGUUGCCAGAUGCCCAACCUGAACGGACUCUACAUUUUUGCGGACUUCAUGAGCGGGCGAUUGAUGUCCUUAAGGGAGAAUCUGGCAACAGGUGAAUGGCAAUACAAUGAGAUCUGUAUGGGAAGAGACCAGACGUGCAGGUUCCCCAAACUCGUCAACAGUUAUUAUAAAUACAUCAUCUCUUUUGCAGAGGAUGAGGCUGGUGAAUUGUACUUCCUUGCCACGGGUGCUCCAAGUGCCACAGUUAAAGCAGGAUUCAUCUAUAAAAUAGUUGACCCCUCCAGGCGAGCGCCACCAGGUAGAUGUAAUGUCAAGCCCUCCCCAGUAAAGAUAAAGGGAAAACUUGUUCACUUUCAUCCCCGAGAAGAAUUAGUCAUCGACAAGACUCCAGCCACCACCCCUCUUCCCACGACAACGGCAAGAAAAAUACCCCCGACCAGAAAAGCAAUAGCAAGAAAAUUUACAACACUAUCUCCAAAAACAAGAAAAGCCUCGCCUCUGCCACCAAUACCUGCAACGACAAGAAAACAAAAAAAGAUGCCGGCUCCAACAAUAGGAACAACACUGGCUCGCACCACUUUGGCAGCCACUGUGGUCAAAGCUACACCCACCGGUUAUCGCUCGGCUCUCUACACCUCAGCCUCCUCUGGGAUUCAAACCCCAACCGCCACUUCAACAAGGAGAUACAUGAGACCCCCUCAACCCCACCCAACUGCCACGUCCCGACCAGUAACCUACCCCCUCCCUCGUCCUCCUCUGUCCACAAAGCAAACCUACAUGGCUUUGACCACUGCACGUUAUCCUGAGCAUCCAAGGAGGUUGACAACACCACGGCCACCAUACUGGAACCCAAAGCCUACACCCUACAAGCCCCAACGACCCCUGAUAAACACCACUCAGACAAAAACACAGGAGGGGAAACUUGGGUUAGCAGAGAAGACUGACAACACAGACGGACAGGAAGGAAAUCAAGUGAAUAAGCGGCCCAGGGGAGGAAGCAGAGGUUACGGUUAUAAAAGAGUAAGAGGAGGAGGAAGGAUGCGCGUUGGCUCGGUACGUCUUGUCAGCGCCGAUGGUCUAUCGGAUAGAGGACGAGUUGAGAUCUUUAUCCGUGGGGAGUGGGGGACUGUGUGCGAUGACCUUUUCACCACUAAGGCAGGUACUGUAGUGUGUCGACAACUCGGCUUCACAACGGCAAUGGCUAUUAUAAAGAGGGCUGGGCUGGGCCAGGCAGAUCGCAGCGUCAGGAUCUACUUGGAUGAUGUGGAGUGUGAGGGCGGGGAAAGGUCGCUGCUUGAGUGCAAGCGAUCAAGAGUUGGGAAGCACAACUGUUCGCAUGCAGAGGAUGUGGGGGUUAUCUGUGGUUAGCAUCUGUGAGAAGAUGUGAUAGGUUGAAAGGACUGUAUUAUAGGAGUAAAAAUAUUGCUUUCAGGUUAAAAUCUACCAGAUGUAUAGUACAUAGGUUAUCACAACAAAUUCACUACAUUGAAACAUUCUUAAAAGAAGGCCCUGUGUUGAAAAUAGUGUCCAGUAACUGGCAGCAAGUAACUGACAAAGAUUUCAUAAUGAUAUUGACGGGACACGGGUCGCGGGGCCGAUUAAUAGGAGGCCUAUCUCCGUCAAAGCUGACCGGGUGGAAAAACAGACAAAGGGUUUUUUUUUGUUGAAAAUUCUUCUGAAUAAAUGCGUAGGUCCCUCAAUUCUUUAGAGUUAUGGAUGUAAAAUAGUCUUGAUUUUUUUUGUUAAAAAAGCAAAGAACUGGGCAAUUAGCAUUUAUUUUACGUAUUUUGUCGAAUGUGCUGCUAGUCUUUAAGCCACUGUAGCGCCGCCUUAUCAUCACAAAGAGCUUUUUCCGUUGAAAAUACUAAAUCCCUGAAUUCUUUAAAGAUAUGGACGUACAGCAGUCUCGAUUUUUUGUUAAAAGAGCAAAGAACCGGGCAGUUCACAUUUAUUUACGUAUGUAAAUAUGUCAAAUGUGCUGUGGCCGCCUUAUAUAAACAAAGAGCUUUUUCCAUUGAAAAUUCUUAUGAAUAAAUGCUUAAAUCCCUGAAUUCUUUAUAAAUAUGGUUGUAAAACAGUCCUGAUUCUUGGUUGAAAGCCAAUAAAAAAAAACGUGCAGCUAGCAGUCAUUUUAUGUAAAUAUUGCGAACUAUGACACCAAUGCCAUAGCGGCUAAUAUUUCCCAUGGAUUUUUUUCACAAUGUUUCAAAAUUCAUGCAUGGAAUGAAAAGUAAUAAUUACCAUGAAUUCUCGAACAAAGCACUCCUGAGACAAUCCUUCCUGUAUGUAAUCUGUACAGCUUUCUCACUUUCUCAACCUAAUCCAGCAUUAGAUCGCUGCGUGCGUGUUUUUGACAAUAACUCCUCUUGAUGCGUUCUGUGGGCAGGCCACCUACUUGAAGGCCUGGUGCAGUGUCUGACGGGUGUGACCCGUCAAUAUAAUUAUGAAGUCUAUGUAACUGCAUCAUCUGAAACAGUGGACAAACGGUAUUUAUGGGGAAAAAACAAAAUCGACAAAACAACACAUCUAACACAUCACACAGCAGUUUAUUUUAAAGAGGACGUCGGUCAUGUGCUUCAUUUAGAAUUUAAUUAUGCCUCUGGUUAUCUUGUGUAUGUUUUCAUGCCACAUUGGUGAUGACCAAUUGCAAAUAGUUACCAAUACAUGCAGGAAUGAAUAAAAGAAUAAACAUUCAUUUUUAAGAUUUGUAUCCAUUUUAUCUGCAGGUUCUUUACAGAUGAAGUAGGAAAACAUCAGCCAAUGGUUUACAGUCAAAUGUUAUCUGGGAUGAUAUUUGUUUUUAGUCUUUUUUGUUUUUUUUACUAUGUAUUUUCAGCAGGUCUACCU